UCGCCGUCGUCGUGUACUAGUAGUAAAAAUCAUGGUUUUGGUUUAGUAGUUGGUACAGUCAUGAGGGAGAGGAGAAUGGCUGUGUUAUAAUUUUACUGCUUUCGAAAGUUUACUGGCUGCUGAUGAUCGUCGCUAUAAUUGUGCAAAUUUUUCGGUGGUACGCGCGACGCUCGCAGAAUAGCUAUUCGGUUCUAGUCUAGCUUGUCUACGAGAUCUGACCAGAAAGUCCGCCGCGACCGAUCAGUGAAGCGAAUCGUGUAAUCGUGCGUGCAAAAUAAUUCCUAGUAGUAAUACUAGUGUUGUGUAUGUUUGGGAGCGUAUUUGAUUCAUCCUCCCUCAGUUAAUCCGGAAUUGUGUGGGGUUUAGGUUCGCAGCCGAUUGGGGUGCUGUUGCAGGGUCACUGUCGUUAGGUGGUUUAAAUUAUGCAAAACGCCAAAAAAUUGUGAUACCAAUAGAAAAUUGAACGCGAAAUGGAAACGUCGAAAAACAAUUCCUUCGGAUCCGCGAAUAGUGGUGGCAAAAGUUCCACGAUGGGCGCUGCCACUGCCGUCAAUUAUGGCCACGGGAAAACAUCCCAGACCACUAGCGGGGGUGCCAGUAAGCUGAAGCGGGCCUUCUCCCUGUCAAGGAAUCCAUUCCAUUCGGUUGGUUCCGGUAAAGGAGGUGAUCACAACGAAAUCCGGAAGUCCGGAACUAAUAGCGCAAUGACAAAUGGCGGUGGAGUGACCUCGGAGCAAAAUUCCAUAAACAGUGGUGGUGGGAAUGGGAGUGGGGGUGGGCUUGGGGUUGGUGAUGGUGACGGGGGAGGAUACGGAAAUGGCCCUGAACGAGGAAAGCUGCAACCAGGAGGCGGUUCCACAGCUAAUACGGCAGUAUCGGAGGUCGAGGCCAAGAACAAUCUGCACAACAAUCAACAGCAGCAAACGCAGAAUGCGGAGCGCAAAAUCUUCCGGCGAUUGUCGGUCAAAAAGUUUAUCAAUCGAAUUGCACAACAGAUGAAUUAUGUCAAUUUAACCGGCAAUCAAAAGAGUGCCGCCGCAUCCAGAGACCGACUGACGGGACCCGCCGGAGUAAACGGAGGUACCGGUCAACCGACGAACGGUUUCGUGUGGCCCCCGGACACCGUGCCCGGGGUGAUCGGCCUCCGCAACCACGGCAACACCUGCUUCAUGAACGCCGUGCUCCAGUGUCUCAGCCAUACCGACAUCCUGGCCGAAUACUUCGUUUUGGAUCAAUACAAGGCGGAUCUGAAACGGCGCAACAAGAUCAACGCUAAGAAGUUCGGGACCAAGGGUGAGCUGACAGAACAACUGGCGCUGGUGCUAAAAUCGCUAUGGACGUGCAAAGAUGCCCCCGAGUACAGCUCCAGUUUCAAGGCCGUGGUCGAUCGGUACGGAAGUCAGUUCCGAAGUUCGACCCAGCACGAUGCGCAGGAAUUUCUCUUUUGGCUACUGGACAAGGUACACGAGGAUCUCAACACGGCGACCAAGCGGAAAUAUAAAACGAUCAAGAACAACUACGGCCGCUCGGACGAGGUGAUCGCCGCGGAAACCCUGGCCAACCACAUACGGUGCAACAAUUCCUUCGUGCAGGCAGUGUUCCAGGCCCAGUUCCGUUCCUCGCUGACCUGCCCCCGGUGCCAUAAGCAGAGCAAUACGUUCGAUCCGUUUCACUGCAUUUCGGUUCAGCUGCCACAGCUGACGCAGCAGCCGGUCUUUGUGCGAGUGCUCUAUGCUUCGCAGCAACCGAAACAGGUGCAGCUCGGGCUGGGGAUCCCGAAUGGCUCCUCGGUGUCGGUGCUACGGGAACAGCUCCAUGCCGACACGGGAAUCAGCGUGGAUCGGAUGAUUCUGGCCGAAAUCGGAGAGGCUGGGUUUAGUCGGGUGUACUGUGAUUCGCACAUGGUGUCUUCGGUUGGCGACGAUGGGCAGGUUUAUUGUAUAGAAAGUCCAAAGCCGGCCACCGAGGGUAUCACCCAGAUUGUGUUGUGCAUCAGUAAUGCUAGGAGAGAUGUGGGCAGUGGCGAGGUUCGGCGAUUCGGAACACCGUUUUGUAUUAUGGUUAGCCGGGAUGUUUCUUAUGUGGAGUUGCAGAAACUGCUGUUGAAGGAGAUGUCCAGUAUUCUGAAGUCGGAAGUGUUUGCAUUCAGCACACCUUUGCAGGAUAUGUUUAAAAUGCGAUUGCAGGACCCGUCUUGUGAUGCCGACGCAUUUUUGGAGGCAACGGUGGAACAUCCUCUAUUCACGGAAAUGAUAGAUUUGGCGCUAUCGGUGCUACCGACGGAUGCUGGACCUGCUCAUGUCAAACUGCUGAUUGAAUGGACUAAUCCAGAGCGUUUUUUCAGCGACAUGACAGACCCGUUUGUUGAGCAUGAGAGCGUGAGUCAGAUGAAAGAGAAAAUUCCUGCUAGCAACUCGCUCACGCUGGAACAGUGCCUAGAACAUUACACCAAAGCCGAAACACUGAGCGCAGAAGAUGCCUGGCGAUGUCCACAUUGUCAGAAAUAUUUGCCAGUGGUCAAAACGCUCGGAUUAUGGUCGCUUCCGAACAUAAUGGUUAUACACUUUAAGCGAUUCCGGCAACAACAAUUGCGUGGACCACAGGCAGCAAAAUUGACCACAUUAGUGAAAUUUCCACUGACGGGAUUCGACAUGACUCCUCACCUAGCUAGGGAUCCCAAUGCUGAAAUCGCGAGCAACGAACCAGAGGACAAUUGGAGUCCUUGGCGCCGUACGACCAAACGUAAUACAUCACAUUCCUUUCUUCAUCAAAACCAGCACCAGUUACCAGUUCAGUUGAAAGACAAUCGAUACGAUCUGUAUGCGGUUUGCUAUCAUCAAGGGGACACCCUCGAAACGGGCCACUACACGGCAGCUUGUAAAAAUCCGUACGAUCAUCAGUGGUACAAGUUCGAUGAUCAACGAGUGAGUCUCGUUCCUUCAGAGCAAAUUCAGGACGAUAUCGUCAACAACGAGGCUUAUAUUUUGUUUUACCAAAGACGACCUAUCGAUGGUUCCGAGUGUUCAGGUACGAGUUCCAGCUCCGGUGCAGAUCACUGGGUUUCACGAAUAGCAGCUGCUCCCCUCGGAGGAGCCACAGUGCCAAAUGAGAACAAACCGAAAGACGAUCCACCAAAAACGGAAAGCGCUGUCUCGGUGGAAAUUGUUAGCGCGGAAUGUGUGGCCCCGAAGAAAAUAGACGACGAAAUCGCCCCAACUAAACAUUCCGAAGAUGAGAGUGACUUUAGCGGUAGAGACAAAUGUACAGAGCAAAACGGUAGCGACCAACAAGUUGCAGAAUCAAACGAAAAAGUUGUAACGGUCGAGAUUGAAGUAGUCAAAACACCCGAAUCGGUGAAAGAAAGUCCUGAACCGCUAAGCACUAUUCCAUCCAUCACGGAAGCCCAUUCAACAACAAACGUAAGUGAAGAAUCCUCGUCUAAAAUUUCACCAACCACCAGUGAGGAACCUGCCCAAAAAGAGACGCACAACAGACCAGUCGAGGAAACGGAUCACUUCGAACUCUGCGAAGAACCCAAAUCGUCGUCGGUCUCGAGCAGCCGUUUCUCGUUGCCAACGUCACACUCGCACUUUCAGGAUAUCCUCUGGCGAGAUGGGGCGGCAUCGGCUGUAUCGGAGCUACUUCACCACCGGCCGUCUUCGUUCACGUACAAACCCACCUACGAGUCGGAUGCGGUCUCGAUGAUCCGCGGUGCCAACACCUGCAGCAAGGACACACUGCUGUUCAUCGAUCAGCAGUCGCACGCGACCGGUCUGGAUCGGGUUGUGCUAGAUGACGACGACGAUGAGGACCUCAUCGGCAGCGGUCGAGCACUUUGGAUAUCGCCAGUUACACCUCACAAGUUGAUUACGGUAUCGCCCAAGAACUGAGGGCUCUAAGCCCCCAGAAUCCGAUAGACACCCGAGCGUUCGAAGUAAACAAGAUUUCAACCAUCUACCACCAAACUCUCAACCACCAAAAAAUGGAAACUAAAAAAGUUACUGAAAACCUGGGCGUCCUAACGCAGAAAACUAUGGACACGGAUCUAGUGGGUCCGACCCCAAAUCAAAAAAAAAAAUGAUCACGAAACUAUCCAAUCCACACACCACAACAACCAUUUACCUAUACUGUUAAACGUUUUUGUUUUAUUUGUUUUUCUUUUUUGAAUGUUAUCGCCUUUGUUGACUUGUGAGUCGAACAUGUAAAGAAUAUUAUUUAUUGUACCCGUUAGGACCUCCUUCAUCCCUCAACAACUGAAAAAAUCAGCACCAGCAACAACAACCACUAGUUCUAAGUUGUCGAACAAUCUUGUGCCUGAUCGCAUGGGAAACGAAGGUGAGUAUGUAUUUAUUUGCUGUAAAUUUUACUUUAUAAUUACCAACAAACAAGAGGGAAUACACUUUCACACUUGAUUGUACCAUAGGCAUAAAAGAAAACAAUUUUGAAUUGCCACACCUUCCUAGUGUAGCAUAACCUUGUUCAAUCCUUGAUGCGAAUGAGAAAAACGUCUUAAAGAAAAAAGAACAAAAAAUAUGCAUGUUGAAAACAAUGUUUCAAUAUUAUACCAACAAACAACACUUUACCCAUUCCUUAGAGCGCUAAACAUUAGUUAAAGAAAAUUUAGAAAAAAAGAAACGUGUCAGGGAGACGUUUUGUGUGAAUUUAUAAAAAAAAUUGAAAAAAAACGGUUAAUGUAUUUCGAAAAGAAGCAUAAGAAAAAUAACACAAACAAAACCACACACAUACAAAAAAAAAGCAUAAAUCGGAUUGAUUAGCUCUAAAACGGCCAUUUCCGGUCAUUCGUCAUAAGGUACCGGUGCGCUGGAGACGGCAGAGAACAGAGACCGAAAAAAAACCAACAACCAAUUACGCGUGCUACUACCUAUAGGAGAGAAAUCGCGCAGUCGUUAGAUUUUAGUAAGUUUAAAAUGGGUGAGUGAUACAACAGCAGAAACAACAAUUGGAAUACGAGAUUGAAGCGUAGAUAUUACUUCUACUUUGGAGCAAACUAUGAAGCAGAAACUAAAAAUGUUUUUUAAAAAAGCAAGGGGUAAGCAAACGAAGAAAAAAAAUGAUGGAUAAUUAUUACAUGCAUACAGAAACGAGUACAAUUUAAUGUUAGUUAUUUGAUUGUAAAAAGAGUAAUUAAAUUAUAAAUUAUUAGAGAGUA